AGACGAUUGACGGACGACUGGCUGACUGUCAAUGAGCAAAGAUGGAUGAGCGAGUAUGUCGCCCAGCCACCGAGAUGUCCAGAUCUAGAGUCCUAUGUAUGUCCGAGUAUGGAUGGUAUGCCCUCACUGAUGUCUGUCUGUCUGCCUCAUGCCAUGCCCGUUCUGUCUGUCCUCGGUCGAGAGAGCAGGCAGGCACUGCGGCAGCGAACCCCGCCCUCCUUGCUUGAUACCCCCUACAAUGGGGGGAUUACACCGACAUACAACCAUCAAGUGCCCUUCACACACAGACAGCCAGCGGUCGCUCACUCACCGCUGUCUGUGCCCGUCGCUCCCUCACAGACCAAUGAGUGGUGUAGUGCCUGCCACCCAUUCAUUGUCACCCCCUUGCCCCUCUACACACACACACACACACACACACACGUGCACACUACAUUCAGCACAUCACACCACAUCAUACGACACCACAGCCAUUCACUCACCGAUGUCAAGUCACAAAAUACUGACACCACGCGACGCGCUGGGGGGGAUCCCUCUCUAUCGCCUCUUGAUAUAUCACGGACGGACGGAAAAACACAGCCACACACACUCAUACACUCUGUAAGUAAGUCACACGUGGUGCGUGAUGCCGCAGACAUGACAGGCAGGCAGGCAGGCACAGGAGCCGAGCCACCAGGCGGUCAAAACGUCGCCCGGGAUCCGACCGACAUGCAGCAGCACCGGCACCAGCAGCCGGAAGCACAAACAUUCACCACUACUGUACACCACAAACACUCACAGAGACAGACAGACGGGCACACGAGGAGAGAGACAAAGGGGCGGGGGAAAAACCGACCGACAGACCGACCGACCGACCGACCGACCGACGCUUCCCAUUCCAUCAACGAACGAACGACACGAGAUCGGCAGACACACAUACCCGCGGACCAGACAGGCAGGCAGACAGACAUGAAGGCAGGAAUGGAAGGAAGGCUGUAAAAGCUCGAAUCGCACGCAACAAUCAUUCGCUCCGAUACGAAUUCGACACGCACACAGGCAGGCAGGCAGGCAAAGGCAAGGGAAACAGAAAAGCUCCUCUAUGCGAUGUGAUGCGAUAAGUAAAGUCAAACACGCAUUGAAUGCAUUGUGCUCAUGUUGGGUUGGGGGGGACGGGCAAUGCCAUGGGGAUAAACCGACAGACAGAGAGAGAGACAGGCAGGCAGGGAGGCCAGAACGUGCCCUUAUUGCGAGGCGGCUGACCGAUCCGAUCGUGCCGCCCAAUGAAUGUCAGUCACGCGUGUGGCAAAAAGACCGACCGACCGACCGACACAAACCAACCGACCGACCGACCGACAUCGACUGGACGAAAAUCAAAGAUGGCAAAGCAAGAAGCAGUUAGUUAGCUGUAGAUACGCGCAAACAUGCACAACAUACACACAACACACGAGUGCGCCCUCGCCGUCGAUGGGCGGGGCGGGCCCAUCAAUGCAUCACUUCACUUGGGGAGCAUGUCGGCACUCGAGAUCUGACACAGAGAGAGAGACAGACACAUUACGCACGAAAUCGCAACAGCACUCACGGCCCCCUGGCUGAUUGAACAGGGCAGGGCGAUCUCGCCGCCUUGACGCACCUCUUUUGAUAUGGCCCCAUUGAUGGCGCUGUCGGCCUUGUGGUACGUCUUGGCGUACUGGUCGUCAAACUCCUUGGCGCGAUUCAACCUACACAGGCGUUCGGGUCAAUCCAUCAAUCUGCCCGCCAGUCGGUUCUGUCUGCUCGGUUGUUGUCCUCACUUGAAUAUGGUGGAUGAGAGGAGGGCCGCCACAAAGCCGGCGAAGAAGUAGACGGGGAACCACUCCCCUCCACCAUCAGCACCUGAUUGAUCAAGCGAUAAGCAGGCAGACAUUGGCCUGUUGGGGUGUGUGUGUGUGUGUGUGUAUGGUUGUCACCUUUGUUCAUGACGUUGGUGGUGAUGAAUGCGACGGCGAGUGCGGGGUUGAGGCACGCGCCGCUGACUGGUACCAUCGUGCCCACCGACACGUAGAUCUGGAAGCCAAUCGCCAGGCCGAAAUAAUCGUUGGGGAAGUCACUGCCCCAUAAACAAAUGGAUCGAUGGAUGACCAUGCACAUCAUACGAACAGGCAGUCAGCACAUCAGCAGACGACAGAGUCAUGUCUGUCUUUGUGCGUGGUUUGUUUGGAGGCUUGGCUUACGUGUGUCCGAAUGCCACGUGCAGGACGACCCAGUGAAAGAAGGCCGUCAUGAUCACCUCAAUCUGCACACACAACACACAACACACACACACACACACACACACAGAGAGAGAGAGAGAGAGAGCAACAACCCAGACCAAAUCCGGCAAGGACGCCAUGCAGCACAUGAGGUGGGUGGCCCCCUCCCUCCCUGCGUCUCCACUUAACCAGGAACGCCUCGCCGGCGCCGUAGACGGUUCCGUCAGGCCUCGUCCCUGGCGCGAUGCCGAUGGUCUCGCCGGUGAUGCCCCAGGCCACCAGCGCACCGCAGAACGCACCCAGCAUCUGGGAGCACCAGUAGGAAAACACCGACAUGAAGGUGUGCAGGUCAGGACGGGCCAGCCACAUCGCCUGCACACAGACAGACACAUAGAGAGAGAUGUGUGUCAUCCACACGUAUUUGAUUUGAGAGUGAUAUGGCUGGCUAUGUGUGUGUGUGUGUGUGGCUGGCUGACCAGGGAUAGCCCGGGGUUGAAGUUGGAUCCCGUGAUGAUGCCCAUCGAGUAGAUCAUGGCGGCGCAGUAGAGUCCGACUUUGAGGGCUGUGUCGGUCUGCCCGUGGAUGACGUUGAUGCAGAUCAAGAACGCCAGACCAAAAGUCACGCAGAACUCGCCCAGAUAGGCUGCACACAUACACGACCGACCGACACAUUUCCCCGUGGACCUUCGAUCAACUGCUGUGUUUGCGGGGGUGCUGACUGACUGACUGACUGACCUCCAAAGUUGUAGUUUUGGUUGGCGAAGUUGUUCCUUUUGCCCAGUACCUGCAGCAUCGCGUGGGUGCGUCCGCGGAGCAGACAGGCAGACAGACAGACAGGCAGCAGCACAGUGCUGAUGCAGGCUGCAUGCAGAGAAUGGGAUGUGCCUCUCAUCUCGGUACCUACCUGCGCAACCUUCCUGAGGAUGCCGUCGUAGGGCAGAGCGUCGUUGAACUUGAUCGGGUUGAACACCAUGAUGAUGUGAAGGACCAAUGACUCACUGACUCGCUGACUGACAGCCCAAGAACCGAACCGCCUCAAAGGUCGAUCAAUGGAUGCAACAAUUGCUGUGCAAGCAGCGGUGCUCUGGCACUCUCUGGCGUCCUCUCUCCCUCCACCGUGG